AAGCUUUCAGCUUCCUGUAUUGUAGCAAAGUCUGAUUGAUGAAACUGAAUGUCCUUGGGGAGGUGGAACAGACGAGACCUUUAUUAAUAACGGUGCUGGGCCAGUUAUCGAGUCAUACUCAGUAGCGGACAGCCUGAAUCACAAUAUUAAUUUGGGUUGUAGGCAUGUCGUAUCUAUGGAGGCGUAUGGCACCCCUGCUUGAAUAGUAGGGCCGCGUUCCUUUGUGCGCACAGUACGACCAUCUGCAGACAUAGGCAUGCCUUUCAGACAUGCUAUUCCUUUCAGGUCUUCCACGUAGAUUCCAGUGUAAAAUGUCAUGUUAAACUACAGGGUACAAUGUGCAAACUCGGGCCACUCGUUACUCCAAUAUCAUUAUGGCCAUUCUUUGUGACCAUUGUCCUUAGGUACCAGCACGUGAGGCGUGACCCUCCGUGCCACACUUAACGCAGUCGCGUCCAGGCAGACCGUUUCCCCUCUUCAGCACCCCAGUACUACGACUCUCAUCCCCCACCUUGGGUUCAGCAUGGCUGCAGCUUUCCCUCCUUCUCCUCCCUCUCCUCUUCCUCCUCUCCCUCCCGUUUCACCUCUUGGUACAGGCGAUACCACGCCUUACCUCGGGGACAGGUCUGAUUCAGACCUAGAAGGCCAAUCCGUUUCAGUGGCCAAUGCGUUCCCGGACUCCUACUUCUCCUCGCGUUACGCUCAACAACGGGGAGAGGAGGGUAUCCCAGAGGAGUGGAAGCACUUUUAUAGAGAGGAGUACCGCGGCAAGGUCAAACGCGAUGUUCCGAUCGUUGACUUUGUCAAAUCGGUUUACAAAUUCGGAGUGGAGGAUAUCCCUACUCCCCCUUGCGGAGGAGAAGGAGGAUACAAGCUCCUCAAAGAGCCACUUGAUGCGUAUUUGGGAAGUAUAUCAAGGACCAGGGCACCUUGGGGUAUCUAUAACACAUUUCAAAAGCUCUUGGAGAGCGUAUUGGACCAGAUCCCUGAUGAGUGUCGGCCUUUUGAUGGUCGGUUCUCUUUGACUGUACCUACUGCUGCCAACCCAUUCCUCCCGACAAUCGUCUGGAGCACCAUUGACCACCCGACUGUAGAUGACAUGGACUUCCUCGCCCUCUUUGUCGAUGUCAGGAAGAGCGAACGAUCGUAUCGUAGCAUGCAUGACAUAAGUGUGGACUUGAACGAGUUCGACGACGAUGAACAGAUCGUCUACGAAGUCAGGAAGCUCGCGUGGGCGGACAAACCUCUGGAUGAUAUAGACUUAAAGUCUAUCGUGACCCUGAACGAACUGAUGUCAUACGGCGUCCGCGAGUACAACACUGGGAUCCAAGUGCAAGACACGUCCAUCUGUCUCUGGUACGGCGACCGUUUCGGUGUCGUCAAAUCUGCUCCGUUCGACUUCUUGAGAGAACCUCAUCUUCUCGUUCUGGUCUUGGCUGCACUAUCCAGUGCGAAGAGGAGUGACCUUGGGUUCUCACCUUUCAUGAAGAAUCCUGGACAGUCAUUCGAUAACUAUGACAGAGCCGCGCUCGUCCUUGACAAUGCUAUUGACGCCAACAACCAAUCAACCGGCCAAGUCGCCUUCCGAUUCGAUGUAAACGAAGAGCAAGACCGGAAGAUCUACACGCAAUAUGGAGCCAUGGGCCGCGGUACCACCGUCAUUCCCGUUAAGACCCUGCGAAUGGUGGGAACGACGACGGACCCGGACGAGCCCCUUGUCGCGAAGUUAUGCUGGCCGUACUCUGGUACCAACGAGGACAGUAUCAUUCGGAGGGUACGCAUCCGCCUUCAGGCUAAGGCUCCCGAAUACCUCAAGCAUAUUGUCGAGCUCAAGUGCACUCUUGAGUUGACCAUGGAGGAAACUAACUUGCCAAGGGUCUUCAUGACUGAUGACAAUUCUUUUCAUAUGAUUGGUCACGUCUUUAAAGUCAUGGUUAUGAAAUCCUACUUGCCACUUGAGCAGCUUACUGGACCUGAUGAGUUUUUACAAGUAUGGUAUGAUGUUGUGUCUGCUCACCACUGGGUCUUUAAGACUUCGAAGAUCAUUCAUCAUGAUAUCUCCAACAACAACGUGAUGUUCUUCCGUGACCCCAUUGACGGUGUCGUGGGGGUCUUAUGCGACUGGGAUCUUUCGGAGAAGGUGUUUCCCGGGCAAUGCAUAAAGCCUGGCAGGACUGGUACAACCCCUUUCAUGGCCAUCGCGAUGCUCUCCGACGAAUAUCCUGGACACGAGUACCAGCACGACCUGGAGUCGUUCUUCUGGUUGUUCGUUUGGUUCGUGACGAACCACAACCCCGACAAAAAGAGUUUCUCGGAGACUCUAGAAUGGACCGUUGGUAAUGAACCACGUCAACAGGCAUCUUUGGCCAACAUCGGAGCGGCGAAAGCACACUUCAUCGACGUUCACCGGGCGGCCGAUCCAAGGAUCUACGAAAGGAUGCAUCCUUGUUACAGGCCUCUCUUGCAAAAUAUCUUCGGUCUUAGAACGUAUCUCUUUGCUCAUCGUCUUUUUAACUAUCGUUGUGGCGAGUUGGCCGUGAGCCAUGAAACCGAGCAGGUCAUGAAAGGAUACAGGGAUAUUAAAAUCGAGCAGCUCUUUUGGGCUUUCGACGGUGUGAAGUUGCAAUACGAGGCCUUCAUUCAUUCCGCCUUCCACCAAUCUCGGCUGGCUGAGCCGCUGUGACUUAUCCCUUUAUCUCAUCACAUGUUUUCUCUGCAUCCAUAAAUACCCCCUGUAUAUCAGUGUCUCGUCGUUUUUCUUGCAUGCUUCAUUCCUAUCCCUCCAAACGAUACUGUAUCUGGAUGAAAAUCCUGUAAUCAACGAGACUUGCCUGAUUUGGCCUUUUUCGAC